AAACGUCACAAACUCAUGCCUCCACUACUUAUCCCAAACUUUUAUCUACACAUAUUUACACAUUCCAACUUUGCAAUUCAUCACUUAAAUUGUGCAUCGAAAAUCCUACUCGACCAAUGGAACAGCGCCACGUGCUCCUAGUAACCCUGCCAGCACAAGGCCACGUCAACCCUUCCCUCCAAUUUGCAAAGAAGCUCAUAAAAAUGGGCAUCCACGUCACCUUCGCCACCAGCCUCUCCGCGCGGCGGCUCGUGGCGGAGACCGCCGCCACCAAGGGCCUAACCUUCCUCACAUUCUCCGACGGAUACGACGGCGGUUACAAGCUCAGCGACGACACUAAAAACUUCAUGGAAUCGAUGCGAAAAAAAGGCUCCAAGGCCUUGAGAGACGCCAUCGCCGUCGCAGCGGAGGAGGGCCGCCCCGUCACGUGUCUAGUCUACACGCUCCUCCUCCCCUGGGCGACGGAGGUGGCGCGUGAGCUCCACAUCCCCAGCACGCUCCUCUGGAUCCAACCGGCCACCGUCUUCAGCAUUUACUACCACUUUUUCAACGGAUUUUCCGACGAAAUCAACGAGAAAUCGGAUAAUCCAGGCUGGAAAAUCGAAAUCCCCGGAGCUCCGCCGCUCUCCAAAACCGACCUUCCCUCCUUCCUCCUCCCUUCUUCGUCAACAGAAGCGCUUGCGGCGUUCAAGGAGCAGUUCGAAGAGCUCGAUGCCGAGGCGAGCAAGCCGAAGGUGUUCGUCAACACCUUUGACUCGCUCGAGGCGGAAGCGCUGGCUGCGAUCGACCGCUACGAGCUGGUCGGAGUCGGACCGCUGAUUCCAUCCGCUUUUGUCAACGGCGAGGAUCCGUCGGAGAAGUCGUUCGUCGUUGACCUCUUUGAGAAAUCCGACGGCUGCAUCGAGUGGCUAAACUCGAAGCAGCAGUCGUCGGUUGUGUAUGUGGCAUUUGGGAGCCUGGUGAGGCUCCCGAAGCCACAGAUGGAGGAGAUCGCAGCCGGCCUCCUCCGCUCUGGGAGGCCGUUUUUGUGGGUAUUGCGAGGCGAGGAGAAAGAGGAAGAGAAACUGAGCUGUUUGGAAGAUUUGGAUAAGAUUGGGAAGAUGGUGACGUGGUGCUCCCAGCUCGAGGUGUUGAAGCACCCCUCGCUAGGAUGCUUCGUAACGCACUGUGGGUGGAACUCGACUCUGGAGAGCCUGUCGUGUGGGGUCCCUGUCGUGGCGUUUCCUCGUUGGACGGAUCAGGGGACGAAUGCGAAGAUGAUAGAGGACGUGUGGAGGAUUGGGGUUAGGGUUAGAGGUAAUGAGGAUGGGAUUGUGGAGAGUGGUGAGAUUUGGAGAUGUAUUGAGGAAGUGAUGGACGGUGGUUUGAAGAGUUUCGAAUUCAGACUCAAUGCUAAUAAAUGGAAGGGAUUGGCCAGAGAAGCUGCGGCGGAAGAUGGAUCUUCGACUAUGAAUUUGAAGGUGUUUUUAGAUCAAGCAUGUUGAAAUGUUUUACUCCUCCUGUCCCAUAGAAAUAGACCCUUUAGGGUUGGCACGAGUUAGUAAUGUGUAAUUGAUAAAGUAAGAGAGAAUGAGAAAAAGUAGUUGAAAUUGUGUAGUGGGUGGUGACACCAUAAAUGAUACUAGGUCCAUUUUAUUAGGAGUGUAAAGAUUUCCUAAAAUGAAAAAUUUGAAAGUUACUGUUUUUAA